AUGGGACCAAGCGCAAGAUGCUUCUACGCCCAGACUUAUGGAGGUGAUCUCCAACAGAAGCAGCAGCCCAGAAACGCCUACACAGCACUCAUAGACCUCUCACAGCAGCACAAUAUUGGUAGCAUCAGGUUCUCACAGCAUUCAGCGUCGCAGUAUCACACAGCCCCAGCACCACAGCUCCCAGCACCGCAGCUCCCGCACCACAGCCCCAGCACCAGCUCCCAGCACCGCAGCUCCCAGCACCACAGCCCCAGCACCACAGCCCCAGCACCGCAGCUCCCAGCACCGCAGCUCCCAGCACCACAGCUCCCAGCACCAGGCCCCAGCACCACAGCUCCCAGCACCACAGCUCCCAGCACCGCAGCUCCCAGCACCGCAGCUCCCAGCACCACAGCUCCCAGCACCGCAGCUCCCAGAACCAGAGCUCCCAGCACCAGAGCUCCCAGCACCGCAGCUCCCAGCACCACAGCUCCCAGCACACCGCAGCUCACAGCACCACAGCUCCCAGCACCGCAGUUCCCACCCAGCACCACAGCUCCCAGCACCGCAGCUCCCAGCAUCACAGCUCCCAGCACCACAGCUCCCAGCACCAGCCCCAGCACCACAGCUCCCAGCACCACAGCUCCCAGCACCGCAGCUCCCAGCACCACAGCCCCAGCACGCAGCCCAGCACCAGGCCCAGCACCGCAGCUCCCAGCACCGCAGCUCCAGCACCACAGCCCCUGCACUGCAGCUCCCAGCACCACAGCUCCCAGCACCACAGCCCCAGCACCGCAGCCCCAGCACCCAGCACCCCACUGCAACUUGCACCACAGCUCCCACUCCCAGCACCACAGUUCCAGCACCGCAGCUCCCAGCACCACAGCUCCAGCACCGCAGCCCAGCACCAUAGCUCCCAGCACCUCCAGCACUGCAGCCCAGCACCACAGCUCCCACCACAGCUCCCAGCACCGCCGCUUCCAGCACCACAGCCCCAGCACCAGCCCACAGCUCCCAGCACCGCAGCCCAGCACCACAGCCCCAGCACCGCAGCCCCAGCACCACAGCUCCCAGCACCACAGCUUCCAGCACCACAGCCCCAGCACCGCAGCCCCAGCACCGCAGCCCCAGCACCACAGCUCCCAGCACCAGCUUCCAGCACCACAGCUCCCAGCACCACAGCCCCCAGCACCGCAGCUCCCGCACUCCCACUGCAGCCCCAGCACCACAGCUCCCAGACACCCAGCACCACAGCUCCCAGCAGCCGCAGCUUCCAGCACCACAGCUCCCAGCACCGGCCCCAGCACCACAGCUCCCAGCACCGCAGCCCUAGCACCGCAGCUUCCAGCACCACAGCCCCAGCAGCCAGCCUUCCAGCACCACAGCUCCCAGCAC